AUGAAGAUGAGCAGCAUGCCAAACCCAGGGUUCUCUGAGGGGGAAAGACCCACCCUGCACCAGGAAGGCACCCAGAGCUUCAGCUGGGACUUGGAGCUGAGGGUCCUUGAGGAGCUUCAUGGCAGGGAGAAGCCCUACAAGUGCUUGGAGUGUGGGAAGAGCUUCAGCUGGCGCUCCAUCCUGAUCCGCCACCAGCGGACCCACACUAGGGAACGGCCCUACGAGUGUGAUGAAUGUGGGAAGGGCUUCAGCCGUAGCUCCAGCCUGAUCCGUCACCUGAGGUUCCACACCAGGGAGAGGCCCUAUCAGUGUUCUGAGUGUGGGAAGAGCUUCAGCCGGAGAUCUGUGCUGAUCUCUCACCAGAGAAUCCAUACUGGGGAGAGGCCCUACGAAUGUUCUGUGUGUGGGAAGACGUUUCAGAGCAGCUACCAUCUCCUUCGGCACCAGCGCAUCCACACCGGGGAGAGCCCGUAGGAGUGUCCYCAGGGUGGGAAAAGCUUCUUAGACAGCUCUACCUUGGCCCGACACCAACAGAGGCACUGGUAAGGGAAGUUCUGCCAGUGCCCUGAGUGCAGGAAAUGUUUCUCAUCCGCUGCUCCAACUUCAUCCUCCAUCGCAGCAUCCAAGGUGGAAAGAGCCUUGGUGACCCACAUACCCAGUGAUCCACCUUGGGAAGACACCUGACCCCUUCUCUGCGCCUGGGACUGAUGUGAGGUGGGAUGGAAGAA